CGUCAGUCUGCGGCGUUGGAUCAGCUGACGACUCCGGGGCUUGUAGAGGGCAAAACUGCAACAAGCUCAAGCUGAGAAUAACAAGCUCUUAUUAUUUAGAAAAUAAUAAUAAUAAUUCCUGCCACAGGGAGAAUGUGUCAUUGAAUAUAUUCAAGGUUUGCAAGAGAACAUGUCAGGAAACAGUCUGGUGUUACCCAUAGUGCUGUGGGGCCGCCAUGCUCCCACGCACUGCAUCUCCAGCCUGCUGGUGAUGGACGACCUGGCCACCAUCAUCAGCGGUUGCCAUGAUGGUCAGAUCUGCAUCUGGGACUUGACCCCUGACCUUGAGAUUAACCCGCGUGCUCUGCUGUUCGGACACAGCACCGCCGUCACCUGUCUGUCCAAGGCCAGUGCGAGCAGUGACAAACAGUACAUGGUCAGCGCCUCUGAGAGCGGGGAGAUGUGUCUGUGGGAUGUGAGUGAUGGUCGCUGUAUUGAGUUCACUAAGCUGGCCUGUGCUCACACGGGCAUACAGUUUUAUCAGUUCACCAUUGGGACCCAGCGUGAGGGUCGUCUUCUGUGCCACGGUCACUACCCAGAGAUCCUCGUGGUGGAUGCCACCAGUCUGGAGGUCCUUUACUCUCUGGUGUCCAAAAUAUCUCCUGACUGGAUCAGCUCCAUGAGCAUCAUCCGCUCCCAUCGCACCCAAGAAGACACGGUGGUAGCAGUCUCUGUGACUGGAAUUCUGAAAGUGUGGAUCAUCACAGCAGAAGUGAGCCGAAUGCAGGACCUGGACCCCGUUUUUGAGGAGGAGUCCAAGCCGAUCUACUGCCAGAAUUGUCAGAGUAUUUCCUUCUGCACCUUCACGCAGCUGUCUCUGCUCGUCGUCUGCUCCAAAUACUGGAGGGUGUUUGAUGCAGGAGAUUUCUCGCUCCUGUGCUCUGUGCCCAGUGAGAAUGAUCAGGCGUGGACAGGAGGAGAGUUCAUCGCUGCUGAUAAAGUUAUAAUCUGGACCGAGGAUGGCUGUAGCUACAUCUACAAACUUCCGGCCAGCUGUCUUCCAGCCAGUGAGCACUUCCGCAGUGAUGUAGGGAAAACUGCAGAAGGUUCCAUCCCUCCUCUGGUGUACAGCAUCGCGGACCGAGCAGACAAACAGCUGGAGGAGGAGUACGAGGGGCAGUGUGUUAUCGUGUGUAUCCCCGACAGCGCACCCGGGCCGGAGCUCUACACUCCUGCGCUGCUGUACCUCCAGCGGCCUCUAGAGGCACCACUACUGAUCUGUCCUCCAGUGACGCGGUUCUUUUACGGACGCAGAGAGCCGUUCCAUAAGCUGCUUGUUCAGGGCGACUCGGCAGGCAGGCUGACCCUGUGGAGCAUCCCAGACACUUCACCGCUGCAGCCGCUGUCUUCGGCCGCAGAGCUGCAGGUUUCCUCCACUAUCAGCCUGCAGGAGGCGUUCGAUAAGCUCACUCCGCUCCCAGCGGGCAUCAUCGACCAGCUGAGCGUGCUCCCAAGCUCAGAGGAACCCAUAAAGGUGACGGCGAGCGUGUACAUCCCGUCACAGGGCCGCCUGGUGUGUGGCAGGGAAGAUGGCAGCAUCAUCCUGGUGCCCGCCACGCAGACCGCCAUCGUCCAGCUGCUGCAGGGAGAACACAUGCUGCGCAGAGGCUGGCCUCCUCACCGCACCCUGAGAGGACACAGGAAUAAGGUCACGUGUCUGCUGUACCCUCACCAGGUGUCCCCGCGUUACGACCAGCGCUCUCUGGUGUCGGGCGGUGUGGAUUUCUCAGUCAUCGUGUGGGACAUCUUCACAGGCGAGAUGAAGCACAUCUUCUGUGUGCACGGAGGAGAGAUCACCCAGCUCCUCGUCCCACCAGAGAACUGCAGCACACGGGUUCAGCACUGCGUGUGCUCUGUAGCGAGCGAUCACUCCGUGGGAUUGCUGAGUCUCCGAGAGAGGAAGUGCAUCAUGCUGGCCUCGCGCCACCUCUUCCCCAUCCAGGUUAUAAAAUGGCGCCCGUGUGACGAUUACCUGGUGGUGGGCUGCUCUGAUGGCUCUGUAUACGUCUGGCAGAUGGACACAGGAGCGUUGGACCGGUGUGUGAUGGGGAUAACAGCGGUGGAGAUAUUAAACGCGUGUGACGAGGCUGUUCCAGCGUCUGUAGACGGUCUGAAUCACUCGGCGGUGAAUCUGAAGCAGGCCAUGACACGCCGCAGCCUGGCAGCACUGAAGAACAUGGCACAGCAUAAACUCCACACGCUCGCCACCAACCUGCUCGCUGCAGACAACGCAGACAAGGGCAACCUGCCUAAAUACUCACACAACGCGCUAGUGGUGCAGGCGAUGAAGACCAACAUGACCGACCCGGACAUGCACGUCCUGUUUUUCGACGUGGAAGCCGUGAUCAUCCAGUUGCUCACAGAGGAGGCACAGCGCCCAAAUCCCACACUGGUGUCCCCGGAAACACUUCAGAAAGCCCCAGGGGGUGCCGACAAGGGCGGGUCCUUCCUGGCCAACAAGAUCUUCAAGCAGGUGAAAGAAACCAUCAAAGAGAACAUCAAGGAGCACCUGCUGGACGAAGAUGAGGAUGAGGAGGAAGAGGCCCGUCGCCGUGAGGAGAAAUCCAAAUCCCUCAGCCUGCUGGAGUACAACCUGACCAUGGACACGGCCAAGCUCUUCAUGUCCUGCCUGCACGCUUGGGGCCUGAACAGCAUGCUGGAUGAGGUGUGCGUGAGCCGACUGGGCAUGCUCAGACCGCACACGCCCAUCUCCUUCGGCCUGAUCUCGCGCGGCGGCCACAUGUCCCUCAUGCUGCCCACCUUUAAGGACUCGUUGUUGAGGCAGCUAGCGAGGGGCAUCGUCGGUCCCGAGGGCAGGAAGCUCUCCGUUUCCGAGGUGGUAGGCAAGGGCACGUACGGCGUGUCACGUGCCGUCACGACCCAGCACCUGCUCUCUGUCAUCUCGCUGGCUAACACACUCAUGGGCAUGACCAACGCCACGUUCGUGGGCGAGCACAUGAAGAAAGCGCCAGCCAGGCCUCCAAGACCCGGUGCCCCAGAGAGCCCCAAAAAGACGCCCCCCCAGGUCUCCACCCCGGCAAUGCAGUCCCAGAUCAAACAAGGUUGGAGUCAGCUGGCUGCGAUGCACUGUGUGAUGUUGCCUGAUCUGCUGGGGCUUGAUAAGUUCAGACCUCCCCUAUUGGAGAUGCUCGCUCGCAGGUGGCAGGAUCGCUGCUUGGAGGUGAGGGAAGCGGCCCAGGCCCUGCUGUUAGCAGAGCUGCGCAGGAUCGGUCAGUCCGGCAGGAAAGACACCAUCGACAUGUGGGCUCCGUAUCUGCCUCAGUAUGUGGAUUCUGUCAGUUCACCUGGAACCGCUCCAGAGACAGCCCAGCCGACUCCUCCCCCAGCCGAAGCCCCGCCCACUGAACCCAAAGCUCCAGAAGAAGAGAUGGACGUCACUGACGAUGACAUCACUGCAGGAUGUCUGAGUAAUCUCCCUCCUAGCCUCAAGAAGAUCUCUAACUCGUACGAGGAGAGAAGGAAGCAGGCGACGGCCAUCGUGCUGCUCGGUGUGAUCGGGGCCGAGUUCGGAGCAGAGAUCGAGCCGCCCAGGCUGCCUUCCCGCCCCAGAACCAGCGGCCAGGCUCCCGACGGCUUCGGACUCACCACCGUGGGCUCCAACUACUCACUGGCACGCCACACCUGUAAGGCGUUGACGUUCCUCCUCCUCCAGCCCCCGAGCCCCAAACUCCCCGCCCACAGCACCAUCCGCCGCACAGCCAUUGAUCUGAUUGGCCGAGGUUUCACCGUGUGGGAGCCGUACAUGGACGUGUCGGCCGUGCUCAUGGGCCUGCUGGAGCUGUGCGCCGACGCCGAGAAACAGCUGGCUAACAUUACAAUGGGUCUUCCCCUGAACCCGGCGGCUGACUCUGCCCGCUCUGCUCGCCACGCUCUCUCUCUGAUCGCUACGGCACGACCGCCUGCCUUCAUCACCACCAUCGCCAAAGAGGUGCACAGACACACAGCAAUGCAGUCUCAGGGAUCACAGUCUCAGCAGAACGUUCACACCACCGCUCUAGCUCGGGCCAAAGCCGAGAUCUUGAGAGUCAUCGAGAUCCUCGUUGAGAAAAUGCCCUCAGAUGUCGUGGACCUGCUGGUGGAGGUGAUGGACAUUAUUAUGUACUGCAUCGAGGGCUCUCUGGUCAAGAAGAAAGGUCUCUCUGAGUGCUUCCCUGCAAUCUGCAAGUUCUACAUGGUGGCAUAUUGUGAUCGGAGUUACCGUGUGGCUGUUGGUGCUCGCCAGGGUUCUGUUGCUCUUUAUGAUGUUCGCACGGGCAAGUGCCAGCAUAUCCACGGUCAUAAAGGCCCCAUCACGGCCGUGUCCUUCGCUCCAGACGGACGCUACCUGGCCACAUACUCCAACGCAGACAGCCACAUCUCCUUCUGGCAGAUGAACACAUCACUCUUGGGCAGUAUAGGAAUGCUAAACUCCGCCCCUCAGCUGCGCUGCAUUAAGACCUACCAGGUGCCCCCGGUGCAGCCGGCGUCUCCUGGCUCUCAGAACUCGCUCAAACUGGCUCGCCUCAUCUGGACCUCCAACCGCAACGUCAUCCUGAUGGCCCACGACGGCAAAGAGCACCGCUUCAUGGUGUGAGGAAACUCACUCCAGCACCAAGCUCAGGCUCUCAUCGAGAACUUCAGGACCAUGUACCUCCGAGCAGAACGGAACCCAGGCCGCGUCCGGGAGGAGACACUUUAUUCGACACUUUGUGUGUUUACAUCUCUGUUUUUUCCAUUCCACUUUUUAUUUAAACCACUCUUUAAAUGUAUUUGUGUGUCUUGUAGUUUGAUUGAGGAUGAAGGAUUUCGAACAAUCGUCGUUGUUGUCUCAAGUUGUGAGGGGGUCAAAGGUCAACAGGGGACUUUUUAAGAUAUGGAAGGAUUUGUUGGGAGUUUUAAUUUCAUUUGCACAUAGCAAAAGAGAACCAGAUGUGUUUCUGGCACAUAACCUAAUCUCCUUGGGGCCACUGUGCUCCUCCUUCUGCCUAACCCUAGUAACCCUGUGAUCUGUGUGUGAUCUCCGAAAUUGUUCCUGCAUGAGGUACUGAAACUUUUUUCACAUUUCAACCAGACCAAAAUGGACCAGAGCCACUUCCUGCAUAGGUGUAGUUUAAAAAAAAUAUCGGGCUAUUUCCUGCUUUGGCGUAGUGAACAAUCUGGACACUUCCUGUUGUGCAGUUUCCCGGUAGCAUGACGAGCCUCAUUUUUACCAUAUUGCUACUGGAACAUUAGUGAUAACAGGAACUUCCUUGUUUUCUGGAUGUUCCACAACAUUAAACGUAAGUAUAAACGGAUAAAAUGUACGUCAUUCAUUAAUAAAUAAGAAAUCGUAAUCUUUGGCAUAUUGCUGUAGUAUAAGAGGAAUGAACACUUCGGGAUAUGCUGUUAAAGGAAAAUGAUCAACUCUGGUAAAACUACUUCCUGUUUGGCUCUAAACAAUACCAACUUCAUACUUUAGCAUAGUCGACAGAUCUGGCCACUUCAUACUUUUACAUGGUUGACAGAUCUGGCCACUUCCUGUUUUGGCAUAGUCGACAGAUCUGGGCACUUCCUGUUUUGGCGUAGUCGACAGAUCUUACCACUUGUUGUUUAUCGUCAAACCCAACCCCCUCGAUUUACCUUUAUAAAUAAACCCCGCCCCUUUCCAUGCCAUGUAGAAGUGGCCUUGAGUCCUGGUCUGACUUAUCACUGAAAGUGUGUAGUGUAUGAACGUAAUCAUAUCACAUGUUGUUGAUUCAUACAUAUCGCAUCACCGGGAAGACGCCUGAACGUAACGUGUUGUGUUUUUGUUUAAAAAAAAAAAAAAAGUUUAAAAGAAGUGUUUUAUUAUUUUUGUUUCGUUUCGUCUCGUCUGGCCGUGAGUUGUUUUUGUGUUAUUGUGGAAUAUUUGCUAACGUAUUGUUGAGACGCUGUAUUGCUAUUUAUCAAAGUAGCUUUUCUUAUCUGGGCUUUCUAGUUAGCGUGUGUUGCUAAUGCUGACACACUCACACACACACACUCACACACACUUGUAUACUGUGUGCUGUAGAUAUUAGCUCAGAAUAAAUGAAGGUACAAAAGAC